AAUUGAAUUUGAGCAAAUUGUGAAUCUGUGAUGGCCGAAUAUGUUUGAAAAUUCAAAGAAUUUGUGAUCCUUCACAUUCAAACUUUCUCUCUCAUCCCCCAUUUUUUUCCUUUAAAUUCAGCGCCCCCCAUUGCCGUCUCUUUCUGUGCCUAUUUCUCAGUUGCAGCAGAUUUCUUUUUUUUUUUUUAUCCAGUUCUGUGUAUUCUUCUUCUUCUUCGCAGCAACUUCAUGGGAACUGAAGGACCUCCACUCAACGACAAUGGACCAAAAACGAAGGAACAAAAGGCAAUAGACGAUUGGCUUCCAAUUACUUCUUCAAGGAAUGCAAAAUGGUGGUAUUCUGCCUUCCACAAUGUCACCGCCAUGGUUGGUGCUGGUGUCCUCAGUCUUCCAUCUGCCAUGGCAAGCCUCGGAUGGGGUCCUGGGGUGGCUGUGUUAGUAUUGUCAUGGGUCAUCACUUUAUACACAUUAUGGCAAAUGGUGGAGAUGCAUGAAAUGGUACCUGGGAAGCGGUUUGAUAGAUACCAUGAGCUUGGACAACAUGCGUUUGGUGAAAAACUAGGCCUCUAUAUUGUGGUUCCUCAGCAACUUAUUGUUGAAGUUGGUACCAACAUAGUUUAUAUGGUCACCGGAGGGCAAUCGCUGAAGAAAUUCCACGACCUCGUCUGCCCGAGCUGCAAGAGCAUCAAAUUAACUUACUUCAUCAUGAUCUUCGCCUCGGUUCACUUUGUACUCUCCCACCUCCCCAACUUCAACUCCAUCUCUGGUGUCUCUUUGGCUGCAGCUGUUAUGUCUUUGACUUACUCGACGAUUGCUUGGACAACUUCUGUUGCAAAGGGUGUUCAGCCAGAUGUGGAUUAUGGAUACAAAGCUACUACCACACCAGGGACAAUAUUUAACUUCUUAAAUGCUUUGGGAGAUGUAGCUUUUGCAUAUGCAGGGCACAACGUGGUGCUCGAGAUCCAAGCAACGAUCCCAUCGACACCCGAAAAGCCCUCUAAAGGACCCAUGUGGAAAGGAGUCAUCGUUGCCUAUAUAGUUGUUGCUUUGUGCUACUUCCCUGUGGCUUUGAUUGGGUACUGGGUGUUUGGAAAUUCUGUCAAAGAAAACAUUCUGCUCUCACUAGAGAAACCUGCAUGGCUUAUUGCAAUGGCUAACAUGUUUGUUGUCAUCCAUGUUAUAGGAAGUUACCAGAUAUAUGCAAUGCCAGUGUUUGACAUGAUAGAAACUGUAUUAGUGAAGAAAUUGCGUUUCAAGCCUAGUUUUAUGCUUCGAUUUAUCGCUCGUAACACCUAUGUCGCACUCACAAUGUUCAUUGGCAUUACCUUCCCUUUCUUUGGUGGUUUACUUGGAUUCUUUGGAGGAUUUGCCUUUGCUCCUACAACAUAUUUUCUUCCCUGUAUUAUUUGGCUUGUCAUUUACAAACCCAAAAGGUUCGGUUUAUCUUGGUGGACUAACUGGAUAUGCAUCGUAUUCGGAGUGCUUCUAACCGUUAUAUCACCUAUUGGCGGUCUGAGAAACAUCAUACUUCAAGCCAAGCACUACAAAUUCUACUCAUAAAUUAUCCUCCAAAUACAAAGAAGCAGAUGAUGAUAGUGUCCAUAAGUAUGAUAAAGUUGCCACUUUUAUUUGAAGAUCUCUAGAAUCUAAGAGAUUCAAACUAUCUUAGAGAGGGUUUUAUUUAGACUGUCAAAUUAUCUGUUCAGUGUCUUUGCAAAUACAGCAACUUCCAUGUUUGCUUCUGCAUUUCCACUUCCAGAGUACAGUUGCAAAUUUUUUUUACCAUUUUCCACAAUCAAUGAAACUCAAUUUUGGUUCUAUUUGCUUAGCUUCAA